GGAAUCCCACGUGACGUCACCCCGGGGUGACGUUAUGCUUCUCUAAAUAGAUCGUAUUGUAAUCUUUUCUCAGUCCAACGUGGUUUCUUCUGAGAGGCUGCUUCACAUUUCCAACACUUGUUUGUUUUAUGAGACGUUGGCCAGAGUGAUGAACUCAGACCAGGAAAGGCCUUUCAUGUGCAAUGCUCCUGGCUGUUCUCAGCGAUUCCCCACGGAGGACCAUCUGAUGAUACAUCGACACAAACAUGAGAUGACACUUAAGUUCCCCUCCAUAAAGAACGACAGCAUGUUAUCAGACCAGACGCCCACACCAACGCGUUUUUUGAAGAACUGUGAGGAGGUGGGAUUGUUUAAUGAACUGGACUGCUCCAUUGAACAGGAAUUUUGCAAAGCCCAAGAAGAAGAGGACAGUAAACAGAAUAUCCCAAUUCAUGGCCCAGCAGGCCAAGGCCAGCACCAGCAGUCUCUCUCACGGAUGGCCAGUCAUGAUACCAGCAUAGUGAUCCAGCAGGCCCUGCCCUCUCCUCAGUCCAGCUCCGUCAUCACGCAGGCUCCAUCUACAAAUAGACAGAUAGGGCCAGUCCCCGGCUCUCUGUCCUCGCUACUGCACCUACGGAACAGACAGAGACAGCCUCUGCCAGCCUCCAUGCCUGGAACCCUGCCAGACCCCACCAUGCCCGGCUCCUCGGCUGUGCUAAUGCCCAUGGAGAGACAAAUGUCCAUGGGUUCGAAUAUGAUGGGCAUGCAAAGCCCUGCCCACAGCAGCUCCUGCUCCUCCACUCACAUUCCCUCCAUGCACUCAGAAGCCAAACUGAGGCUGAAGGCUGCACUUUCGCACCACCACACUGCCAUCGCUAACGGGAACAUGAACUCCAUGGGCCACAUGAUGGAAAUGAUGUCAUCACGGCAGGACCAAAGCGCCCACCAUCACAUGCACUCACACUCACACCCGCACCAGCACCUGCAAGCUCCCCCCCACGCGUACCAGCACCACGGACACCACCACCACGGCCAGGCCCACGGCCAGGGCGGACACCACCACCCGCAGGGACACAAUCCCCAUCACAACUCUCACAACCCCCACCUCCAUCCCGGGCACCCACACCAGACCUCGCCGCACCCUCCCAUGCACUCUGCUUCCCAGAUGUCACCUGCAACCCAGCAGAUGCAGCCCACGCAGACGUUGCAGUCUCCGCCGCCCAGCGGUGGGCGACGUAGGCGAGUGCUGGAUGAGGAUCCGGACGAACGGCGGCGGAAGUUUCUGGAGCGAAACAGAGCAGCUGCCACAAGAUGCAGACAGAAGAGAAAAGUGUGGGUGAUGUCCUUAGAAAAGAAAGCAGAAGAGCUCACUCAGACCAACAUGCAGCUGCAGAAUGAAGUAACCAUGCUUAAGAAUGAGGUGACCCAACUCAAGCAGCUUCUGCUCACACAUAAGGACUGCCCCAUCACCACUAUGCAGAAAGAGUCCCAAGGUUACCUCAGUCCAGAGAGCAGUCCAGCAGGAAGUCCAGCUCCAGCAUGCUCCCAGCAGCAGGUCAUCCAGCACAACACCAUCACAACCUCCACCACGACUGUAGGGGGCAGCACUGUGCACGGACAGGCCAACCACCGCACAGACAUUAAUCCUAUCCACUAGGGACAAGAGUCUAUAAUUUCAGCUGCAGCCAUGACCCCCCCAUGACCAACCCCCACCCCCAACCUCCCCAGCUUUUUGAGGGUUAGCAGCUGCACAUGCCACCCCUUUCUUCAUCAAACAAACCUCAAAGGCCGGUGAGGCUGCUCUUUAUACAGUAGCUACAGUAUAUUUUUAUAAACCCACCCUAUUAAUGCAUAAAUGUUCUAUGAUUUGUUUCCUCUUGUUUUUCUGUCUGCUUCUAUUUGUGCUUGGCGGAAAGAGAAUUUUUGCUAAUAUUAUGCACCAUUUCUGUUGUGUAAUGGUACAAAACUGACCGUGGUGGUCGUGGAACCAGAGGAGAGAGACAUAAGCGUCAGACUGUCAUCUCUACAAACAGAUUUUACAUCUCUAUAUGCCUAAUGGACUGAAUAACAACUCAAAUCAUAAUCUGUGUGUCACAUGAGUGUCGUAUGCUGGGCAUCUGCAGCCUGUAUUACAUACAGAAACUGUGAUGCUGUUGCCAUGACGUUGAAAAGACAGGAAUAUGCAAGCAGGUAUAAUGACCAAUUUAUUUCCUAGAAACAUGUGCGAUUGUUAACAUUGUCCCUGUCAGCAGUAUUCUUAAAGAGCUUUAUGAUAUACAGCAUGGCUGUGAUAAUAUAUGAUCAAAUGGAAGCAAUACAUCACAGUAUUGAUCAUCCUCUCUACUGUGCGCCCACAUUAUGAUCAGAAUGGCCAAGAAUAAAUGAUGGUGUUUCAGCAACGGAAAUGUACACUGUGAUACCGGCGAGGCAGCUCAGGGUUUGAGACCAACUCCUCCGCUCUGCAGGACCAAGCUUUAAUCAUUGAUGCCUCUUUUCCUGUGUGUGUGUGUGCGCGUGUGCGUGCGUGCGUGUGUGUUGUGCAUUUGGAUCCAUGUUUUGGAUUCAAGCUCUAAAUGAACAUAGCAUUUAAUUUACAUGCGUUGGCCUAGUUUUGCAUGUGAAUAUUGUAUAUUUGUAUUUUUUACCUAAUUUCCUCUGCAGAACAAAGUUCAGCAGCUGUGUUAAAACAGAAAAAGAAGGAAGUGUGCGAAAAAGUGGAACAACUUGUAACCUAUUUUCUCUUUUUUUUUUUCUUUCAAGAACUGGCUUCCUUGAAGUGAUCAAUCCUUGGCAUGCUUUCCGAGAUGUCACAACGUGCCUGAAUCUUUUUUUAUUUUUUUUUAAUAUUUGCUGAGUUACUAUAGAAAACAACUUCUUUGAACCAGAUCUUUUUUCUUUUUCUUUUUUUUAAUGUUAUCUGUUAGUUUUCUCAUAGAUGUCUGUUGCAUGUAAAGCCAAAACUCCUUUGUAUCCUAGACGGAUAAAUGCCUGAUCUUAAAACUAAGCCUUCAAGCUUAAUACCUUCUCAUGUUGACUACAACUCCUCUUUCUUCCCUCUUCCCAGUGACCAGGAAUGUCAAUUUAUUAGCUUGAAGACCAUGAUGCACUGUGUUUUACAGUAGGAUGGGUGAAAUACAUUCCACUGACAGGUGGAGCGAUCGCAGAGCUGUCUAUGCACUUUGUCCUCUGUCAUCCCAGAGGGUAGAAUAGCCAUAUUAAGGUCAGAGUCAUUCUCAGUGAUCCCCAUCUUCACACACCAGCGAGAAACGUUACUGUGUUUGGCUUUUUUGGAGAGACUGUGCCUGGCUAGCAUCAUGGGAACCUAGAGCUGGUAUUGCAAUGCUCCAGUAAGGACCUAGCGCCAUUUUAUUUUUGUGCACUUAUCAGUUUGGAAAAGGUUUUCUUGUCAAGGAUAAAAGACAAUGAAAGUUUCUAUUCUCAUUCAUCCCAGUUUUGUGGGUGCAUUUGUAUUUUUUGAGUAACUUCUAAAUGUUGGAGCUUGUUGGAGUUGAAUAUGUAUGAUGAUGAUGAAUCAGAGAAAUUCUCUUAAAAAGGGCUUCGUUGUACCAACCUUCUGAACUAAAACUUGCCUUAUUUUUAGCCGUCAAAACCCGUUUUAGAUUAAACCAUUCCAAAUUAACUUUCUGCAUGUCAAAAAGGGUAAUUGACCUCAAAAUACUUUUAACUGGAAAAAUUGGGGAUCUUUAAGAGUUAUGGAGAUACUUGAUUUGUUGACAGUGGAUACCAGUUUAGAAAAAAAAGGGAAAACAAACAUUUGUUACUGUGUAGGCAAACAAAAAGGUCAGAUGGAAGUGCAGCGUGUGUGUGUGUGUGUGUGCGUGUGUGUGUGUAGAGUUGUGUGUGAGGUGGAGAACGAUUCCUGCUCAUUACGGUUGUUGAAAUUGUAUUAUUUUAAAAUCUAAAACUAUAAAUAUUGUACAUAAUAUCAUUAAUUUCUAUAACCCUGUACAUGUAAUGCAACCACCCUUCUUUUUGAAGGGAGUAUAAAUGUGUGGUACGUUUGUAAAUAAAGUUUUCACAGCACUUGUUGCCUUUUUGUUGUGUGUCGAGGCUCAUUCCAGCGCUUAAAUACCUUGUUGUUAUGUAAUGAACCGAUGAAUCCAUUCUUGCCUGCAUAACUUUGUACAUUUUCUAUGUCUAUGUGUGUAAUUACAUUGUCUCAUUUUAUUUUACAUUUGUACAGACUUCAAAGUAUCAUUGCAGCUACAUUACAGUAUGAAAAUAAAGCACUUGU